ACUGUAUUUAUAUUAAUAUGGAAUACUAGACGGACUAAUGCAGGCUACUAUAGACUGCACAGCCGAGCUGAUCAGAGCACUCCUGGACAAUGGACUGGACUGUUCCUCGUCCACCGGGGGCAGAAUAGACUCUGGAUGUACUGUGUCCAUUCACUUCCAGCCAGAUCUGUUGCCGCAACUACACAACAGAUUCGGACUACACCACACAACAGCCAGUACUGCCCAGUGCCAGAGGGACCAGAAAGAUACGACCAAAAACAGCCAGAAUAUAAGGAAUGUUUCCACGCAGACUGCACAUUUAGGUGACGCCAAAACAACUUCAAUUGUUGAACAGCGAAGAGAUACGCAACCAAUUCACAUUGAGGUAUCAGAAAAUACUAUCUCCAACUAUCUCAACUCGGAACAUGUUAUCAUCACAGACAGUGUGCAAACUCGCAACUCGAAACAGUUGAAGUGCAAUGAAACGACACCGCCUACUACUACACCAGCAGAGUUCGAGAGAUGUGCAAUCAGCUUAAGUGAAACUAAAGAAUUGCAGCACCCUAAGAAUGUUAGGCUUCCUGUUUCAAAUCGGAAGUCACCCUCGAAUAGUAAAAGUACGCCAAGUGGUGACUGUGUCGCUCAAGUGCAAUGUAGUGGUGUAGGAAAAAGCAUCACUAGUUCCGGUGCUAAUUCUGGUUCUAAUUCCGCUCUUCUAGCUUCUGAUCUCAGCCAGGUGUCCUUAGAGCCAGUGGUGCUCGCAGGGUUGUCUUCUCCUAAUACAAUGAAGCGGAGGAGCAGGAAGCCAAUGGUUGAUUUGAAGAGAGAGGGAAGGGACAACUUCCUCGUCCGUGUCAAACAGAACAUAAACACAAUUAACACUACGACUAACAACAUCGGUGCUCUCCUCCCCUCAGGGGAAGCCUCGUCACUGGGGUUUGGCUCUUUCCCUUGCCCCUCCCAGAUCCAAUCUGCAACGAGAUUGAAUGAAACAUGUGAUCAAACCGGACCAACAAGGACCGCUGCGAGUUUCGACGGGAAUGUGUGUUUCCCUAAUUGGGCCAAAGCACAAUCACAAACUCAGUCACAUUCAGCCUCUGUUACUACUUCUACUUCUUGUCACAAACUACUUCAGCCAAAAACUCCCCUCAGUCAGACGAAAUCAACUCUGAAGUUCACACCACUACAGCCAACUGCAGAGAGAAGUUGGCCAGCGUCCAAACCAGCCUCAGAUGCUGACAACAAAACAACUGUGACAACAGAACAGGAUCGGAGCAAUAGAUGCCAAACACAGAGACAAACUUCGACACAUAUUGGAGUUCCCUCUAAAAUCUCAAAGGAACAUGUGACUGGAAAGGUUGAAGCGAAUUCAGCUGAGCCAUCUGGACAGACAAUUGUUGAAAGUGAAAUCGACGUUCUACACAUUUCAACUGAUCAAAUCAAGGGUCCAAGGGUAGAUAUUGGUGCUAUGAAUGAGUGCCAGAAGAUAGGCACGAGUACUUCGAUUGAGUUGACCUGUGAGACGAAGGAAGUGUUGUCACUCGAGGACGACAGUGACGAGGAGGACUGUGUGCUUAUUCUGGAUGCGAACCAGAACAUGCCACUGGCACUGACCGCCAAAAUGGAAGCAGAGACUGAUUGCCGACGACAGCUGGAUUGGAAAGGAUCAGACGGAUAUUUUGGCCUUAGGUCAAGUGGUCUGAGUUCUCCAAUGGAGCUAACUAUGGAGGUGGGAGAAAAAGGGAAGUUGUCCGAGUCGUUUGCCUGUGAGACAGGAGUCAAUCAACAGCAUUUGUUGGGUCACAGUAAAGGAGACGCCAAUAGGCUUACGGAAGCAAAUACUAACAAUGCCGAGUCCGAUUGUGAAGAUGCAAAUCGUGACGAUGUAAAACAACAGAGCACCGAAGUCGGAGUAGGUACUAUCAGAAGUGAACAGAAACUGGGAGACGAAUGCAGCCAAGUGUUAUCUGUGGACACUAGUGUGUUUAUUAGUACCUGCAGCUCCAGCAAGACCACUGUUACUCCAAUCUCCACGCUAUCACCGGCAACAUCCACAGCGCACAGCAUGCCAGAUAGAACGUCUGGACUCAAUUUAACCUCUCCCAAAAAGGUGACCCUGAAAAGGAAGCACUCCCAGAACGCAGGGAAGGGCAGAGGAGAGAAGCCGCGCCAGAAAACAAUAACAACACAAGUGGCAAAACGAGUGAAAACCAAGCAGGCAAUGGACGAAGAAGAACUUAGUGCUGUUGAGAGUGGGAGUAGUGCAUCGAAAGAGGGAAACAAGGAUGAUGACGAUGAUGAUGAUGCGGGUGGGGGUCCUUUCAACCCCACUCGACUGUUGAAGGCUCAGAGGAGGAAACAACUCUACACUGGAUUGAGUGAGAGGCUGCAGAUGAAAACUAUCAAGGCAGCACUGCCCAAGAUAUUCGACAACGAGCCAGAUCUGCCAGACAACCAUCGAAUCAGGAAAGUUGGCAGUCCAGAGGGAACCACAGUCAGUCGUCCACAAGAGAAGUCUGCCGCUAGUGGUGUUGAUAAAAAGAAGCAAAGUAAGCCUGCUGCUGGGAAAAAGAGUGUUGUGAGGAAGGAGUCCCAAACCAGAGAGGUCCCCUCGGAGGAGUGCCAAGUGUCCCAAGCGACUGCAUCUGCACAGAUAGAGAGUGCAAUUGAGAGAGUAGUGAACAACCCAGAAGCAGCUGCCUCCAGUCUCAGUGAAGCUGCCAACUGUACAAACGCAUUUGGACUGGUUGCUGCUCCGACAAACUCCACAAAAGAAAAAUCACAGACGACAGCCUCUGCUAACUCCCUGUCAGAAGGAGUAAACGAGGAGAAACAUUGCAGUGUAUUUUAUAGUGAAAUACAGAACUCUCAAGCUGUAUCUGGUGAGUCUUCGGAAAGAUGUGAGAUGGAGGUGAAAAAUAGAUGGGACACCACGACAACUGCUUCCAAUUCUGAAGUCGUGUGUCCGAUUGACAACAGAGUAGCAGCCAACUCAAGCUCCCUUGGAAAGGAACAAAAACUUUUCUCUGCCAGAGAAUCUAUGGAGAAGAGUGCUAGCAAUAGUAUGUCACUGCAAACUGGAGCUGAGCUGGAGUUGGAAAAAGGGACAGAGCGGCAGCCAAUAGAAGCAGUGGAGACAAAGGAGUCAAAUGUGGGAGCAUUGUGUAGCAAUGAGGACGCAGCUGAUUUGAAUGUGAGCGAAAUGAGUGAGUGCAGCUACAGUAGCAACAACACUCCCUCCUCUCUUUCUCCUCUUGUUCCCCCGCCCACUAUGGGUGUGAUGAGGUCCAUCAAACAGGUGGCCAAAAAGACGGUCAAGAAGAAGCCAGUAGCUCCAAAAUCCACCAAUCCUCAUCAAAAUCCAAUCGAACCAAUCGAUGACAUAGAGUAGCACUGUGUGUGUGGAUGUGUGGCAUUUGAGAAGUGGUAUACUGCAUUGGAUCUAGUGUAUACGUGUGUUGGUGGUGCAGAAUUAAAG